AUGGGAGACGGGCAUCUUUCGAGAAGAUAUUUGGGAUUGAUGACAAGCUACAUCUCUGAUUCCCUCUACCCUGACCUCCGCCGCCAACCCCAACCCCAGUCCCCCUACUACCACCACUACCACGACGACGACGAGUGCGAUCAGCAAGCAUACCAAAGACGGCUUGUCUCCCACCCCCAGCGUCGUGGCCACACCCAGGAUCAUGGCGACCCCGCCAUCAUCCUCUCCUUCCCUUCCAUUGUGUUGCUUUCCGGUCCUCGAACCGCUGUACUGCCGCUAUUUAAACCGGUCUAUCUGCGGUGCGAUGGUCACAAGUCUAAUGGGAGUUGGGAUGAAGGCCGUAGGUCUCAAUCCGGAUACACCAUCGAGCGAUCUGUGAACCCAGACUUUGAGGAAGAGUUCGAAUUUUGGAUGCACCGGUAA